CUUCCUCGGGUUGUAUUGACGUGGGUGUAUAUAUAUUUUAGAGGCACCUGCGGUCUACCUGGUGUUUUAGGUCCCUCGGGGACAAUUCGCUGCCUCCAAACGAAGCCCGAGAUUUGAGUGGAAUACCGCAAAUAAAAUUAGCGUGACCUUGAUUAUACCCUGUAUGAAUAUCUCAUUUACGUAAUGACUUUAUGUCACGUACGCGGAGGGUCAAUUUCCUUUUAACCUUUCCCAUUGCUGCAGUAAGCAUUCUUUUAUAAUCAAUGGCUGUUUGAAUAAUCAAUUCACAUUUUAUGAUCCCUGACAAACUCAAUAUAUGUGUGCCUUGUUUCAGCAAAGCAGCCGGUCCUUCUCCGCGGCUUUUUCACGUCCGAAGAGUUUGCGGCGGGGUUUCCCGGUUCCCUGGGGAGGCUCCUCGGGAUGAAGCGGGCAACGGAGAGCCGCGCCUCGACGGGAGGCUUAGCGCGAGCGGACACGCUCAGGGAGCCGCGGCGACAUCCAGAAGUCCCUUGAAUUUCACAUGUUUUUCCAAUCGCUCAACCCAAAAUAUAUGGUGUCCUCCUUUCCCACCCCCCUCCUCCUUCCUAGGAAUGUGCGUAAUAAAACCUAAUCGCCUGGGACUCUCCUCCUUUCUACAUCUGCUGGACACGAAGCCGUGGGGGGACGAGGUCCUCCCGGCUCUGAAGCAGAGCUGCUAUGGGACGGCCGGCGGCCUCGGCCACGUCUGCACGUGGGAAACCCCGAAUGAGCCUUCGCGCUACAUUAACUGUCCCGCUGCCGUCCGGGGUUCCCUCGCCAGCAGCAGCCCUCUUCGCCUCCUGCAGCCAUCUCAGAAGCGGAGGUCGGGACGCUCACUCCAGGAGUGCAGCUCCGGACCAAGUCAAAGUGGUCCAUGGUUCUUUGGAAUGUUGUUAUUCCCUGAAAGCUUGAGCAGGAUGAGUCACAGCAACACUGAGAGAAUGGAGGAUCCAGUUCUUGCAGGACAGAAUGGUCCCACAGGAUCCAUAAAGAGGAAAAAGAGGGACAGUGUGCAGGCUUAGCAAUUUCUCAGACAUCACCAGGUUUUUCAUGUCACAAUAAAAUAAUCUGGAUGUCUGCAGUUGCAGUGAACUAGAUGUGAUAUUACCCCUGCCUUGGCAUUAAAGGGCAGAAACUCUCUUAAUUCCAAACAACAAUUCCUAUAACUGAAAUGUAUGCUUAACCACCUUGCUGUGUUUACAUACUUCCACUCACCACAUUUUUCCCCACUGAAGUUAGCCAAUAAAGUCAAAGAGUGAAACUCA